GUUUCAGAUAAGCGACAGAAUUCCUCGACUAGGUCACCAAGAUGAUAAGUUUUGUCCAAUGUCUCAUCCUGAUCCUUGUUCGGGUAUACCUCAUAACAAGUACACGUGCUGGCUCCUGUCCACUUCCUUCGCCAUGCGAGUGUGACAAAGAUUACAAAAUAGUGUACUGUCGGGAUAAAAACCUUACAUCUGUCCCUGCCGUUACUAACGCUGAUGGACUUUGGACAUUUUAUCUGGGUGCCAAUAAGAUCCGACAUAUUCCAUCACAAAGUUUCGCCGGAGUGACACUUCAGAUGUUGAUACUGGACAGUAAUGCAAUCUACAGCAUUGACGAUGACGCUUUCGCUGGGAGUGAAAAUAGUCUGAUUGUGCUUCACCUACAUUAUAAUAGAUUGACGGAAUUACCAACAGCUGUUGGUAGUUUGAAGAAACUUAUGGGUAUACAACUACAGGGAAACCCGAUGUCGGAUUUCAGAAAAGAAGUGCUGAAGAAUGUUUCAUCUUCCUUGCAGUUCAUAAGCAUGGGAUCAGAUGCAAUGAAUGAAUGGCCCGACAGCAUCAAAUAUCUACCCAAUUUGAUUUCAAUCGACUUAUAUGAUGUUACAUUUCCAACUAUUCCUGACAACGCAUUCCAACUCUUCAGGGAGAAUAUGUCUUUCCUCAGUUUUCAUAAUACAAGUUUGAAUACUUUACCAUCGUUCGAUGGUCUGAAUUCGUUAGGGGAUUUGGUUUUUCAGGGUAACAAAAACCUCACUGCAAAUGCCAUAUCAAACGCAGCAUCAAAUGGACUGCCAAAUUUAAUGCAUGCGACUUUCCAAGAUAACAACCUUGAAACACUUCCAGAUAUAUUCAGAAAAUCUUCAAAACUUGGUGCGCUGACAGUUUAUUCCGAACCGAUGGAGUACAUACGUGAUGAGGUAUUUCCACCCAAUAUUUUCGCGGGAUUCAUGUACCUGUUUCUCAAUAACACAAAACUUGAUCAUGUUCCUCCCUGUGUGUCAUCGCUAUCAAGCAUAACUCGGCUACAAAUUACCAACAGUCAAAUCACAGAAAUCUCAGGUGAAGACUUCGCUGGGAUGUCGAAACUAACAUCGUUGUAUCUCUCACGGAAUCCGAUUACUCAGGUUUCCAAAGACGCUUUUAUGGCCAUAAACCAACUAGGAGACAUUCGACUGGACAACACAAAUCUAACCACUAUACCGACGGCCAUCCAAAACAUAAAAUCCCUUCAAGAUGUUGACUUCUCCGAUUCUCCGAUACAAUGUACCUGCGAAAGCAUUGGCUGGAUUAAGCAUUGGAAAACAUAUCCGGAAAAUCUUGAUCUGUUUGGUGACUGUGCAAAUAUUAGAAUGAAUAUAAUGGCAUACGUUCAUAAAGAGGUUCCAAAAUGCCCUAACUAAGGGUUCAUAAUCCGCUACAUUCGAAUUCAGCUAUUUACUACACUGUGAGUUUAUAAUAAUCUAAAAGUGUGAAAAAGAAACAGAUCUACAUUAAACUGAACUUUUUAUUGAACAUGUCAUGCCGAGUCGGAAAACAUCCAAUAGAUACAUCACGAGUCCAUUCGCCAGUUGCACUGUACGUGAAUUGUCUGGUGGAAUCUCACGCUUUUCUGUCAAUCGUCUGAAAUGGUCAUUAAAUCUAACAAUUAGUUUUAACAGUGGUUAACGUAGUGUUGAUAUGUUCUUGUUUCAUAUUCCAAUGUUAUUCAUAAUGUUACUGCCCAUUUCUAAUCGGUUAUACUUAUGUUACCUGUUGCUUUUGUAUGUUUAAUACAGACAUUAAAUAAAUACAGUAUUA